UCUAUAUUUUACACUAGCAUACGGCAUUAGUCUCUUUUUCGUUCUUCCACUUCCACUCUAUUUCCACUGCACGGAGACGAGGGUCAGUCGGCACCAGUUUUAUUGUGAAGUGCAGAAUUAAAAAGUACUAAGGGCAAAAAUGUGGUCGUCAAUGUUGGAAGCCUCAAAGAUGAAUCCAUUCGUAACACCUUUUUCAACUGCCAAAUGUCAGGGACAAAAUGAUAACAGUCAAAGUUUAAUUCCAGGUCGUAAAAUUGGUGCUUUUAGCGUAGCAGAAGGUGAUAGCUGCGAAUUUGGAUCAAAUCAUUACUUUGUGCUAUGCGGUCUUGGUGGUAUUUUAUCUUGUGGGCUUACUCACACGAUGGUAACACCACUGGAUUUAGUGAAAUGUCGUAUUCAAGUGGAUCCUGAUAAAUACAAAAACGUUGUCACUGGUUUCAAGGUGAGUCUCCAAGAAAGUGGAAUGAAAGGGCUUGCUAGAGGUUGGGCACCAACUUUCUUCGGCUACUCGAUGCAAGGAAUGUUUAAAUUUGGUCUGUAUGAAGUCUUCAAAGUCUACUAUUCUGCAUUGAUUGGUGAGGAACUUUCAUAUGAAUACAGAACAAGUUUGUACUUAGUUUCUUCAGCAUCUGCUGAAUUCUUUGCUGACAUUGCCCUUGCACCUAUGGAAGCGGCCAAGGUUCGUAUCCAGACCAUGCCUGGUUACGCAGACACUCUUCGUCAAGCCCUACCAAAAAUGAUGGGUGAAGAAGGUAUUGGUUGCUUCUACAAAGGUCUAGUUCCUCUUUGGCUUCGUCAAAUUCCAUACACUAUGAUGAAGUUUGCUUGUUUUGAACGUACCGUUGAGCUGCUCUACAAGUAUGUCGUACCCAAACCACGUGAACAAUGUUCCAAAGGCGAUCAAUUGGUUGUUACUUUUGCUGCCGGUUACAUAGCUGGUGUUUUUUGCGCUGUAGUAUCUCAUCCAGCUGACUCUGUUGUAUCAAAACUUAACCAAGAAAAAGGAGCAACGGCCGUAGAUGUAUUGAAGAAACUUGGAUUUGGUGGAGUAUGGAAAGGACUUGGACCUAGGAUCGUAAUGAUUGGUACACUUACAGCUGCUCAAUGGUUCAUUUAUGAUGCCGUCAAGGUAUACCUUCGUAUGCCAAGACCACCACCACCAGAAAUGCCCGAAUCUCUCAAAAAGAAGUACGGCGUCGCUUAAAAAUGUUCAAAUCCAGCGGCUGCUGGUUGUUGAUUAGAUAAAUAAAUAAUUCAUAAAAACAAAUAAAAAAAAUAAAAAAAAAAUGAAAAAUACAGUUCAGGAAACAAAUAAUUACUCUAGAUGAAUUCACUCACUAUCUUUAAUACAAAGGAAAAGUAAUCACUCGAUUAGUUAAUUAUUAAUUGUAUUAAAUUACAUAAUACAUUUUUAUCAUUUCUCAGUAUUUAUUUUCAAUUUAAAUAUAUUAACGAGAGCUACACUGCCGAUAUUUUAAAUUGAAAAAAUUUUAUCAUUAAUUAUUGUAUGUAAAAUAUAAUUUAUAUCAAUGUAAUUUGUUUUGUAGAAUUUCGGUUUAUAAUCAGUAUACUAAUUACGGCAAUAAACAUAUGGCCUGUUUUCCCUUCCAAUUCAUAAUUUUUCCUUAUCAAUUCCUGUAUUAAUAACAGUGAAGCAGUAAAAAAUAUUAAUUAUUAAAUGACUUCGUUCUGUAAAUAGAGUGAUCAGUGAAUAAACGAAAAUGUCAUAAAAACCAUUAA